GUGAUCUCUGUGGGUUUGAACAUUGGAAAAGCGGUAAGUGAAUUACUGCUUUCGUUAACAUCCCUUUCGAUUUUCUAGGCGGUCAGUGCAUUAGCUGGGGUUCAGGACCAGCUCAUUGAGAAGCGGGAGCCAGGCAGUGGCACAGAAAGUGACACUUCUCCAGACUUUCACAAUCAGGAGAAUGAGCCCAACCAGGAGGAUGCUGAAGAGCUGGAUGGGUCUGUGCAGGGGGUGAAACCCCAGAAAGCUGCUUCUUCUACUUCUUCUGGGAGCCACCACAGCAGCCACAAAAAACGGAAGAACAAAAAUCGACACAGCCCGUCUGGCAUGUUUGAUUAUGACUUUGAGAUUGAUCUCAAGUUAAACAAAAAGCCAAGAGCC